AACAAGAACUGUCCUGUGAUGGCGUGUACAUGCCUGAAGCCAGUCAUGUCUUGGUGGAUUUCUGUGAAGACUUCCCUCUCCGGGAGUACGAUCCUUACUCAUUACAAUGUCUCAAUGUUUGUGACUUUUGUGGCUUUGACCCUGAGCCUCUUUCUGAUUCACGAAGUCAGUGUUCUAAGAAACGAUCUCGAAAAACUCAAAGGGGAAAUUUUGUCUCACUUGAGCUGGUCAACAUCAACAGAUCUCUCCAAUGGACCGCACGUUCCUGCAACAUGGGAGAAAUUAAGGGCAACUUCCUCUACUUUGCGUCAUUCAAAAACCGAGAGAGGCCGGCAAGAUCCACUUAAGAUUUCCUUCCUGAGAAUGAAGCGAGAACAGGCUGGACCUGAAGCGCAACGCUCACUUCUGCAGCUUAUUGCUACAUCCAAAGCAAACCUAGUCCGAGGCAAUGUGACGGUGAUUCCUUGGACUGUUUCCAUUCAGAAUGGGGAAGCCAUAUCAUCAAAAGACAAUAAAAUAAUUGUACAUCAAGAUGGCUAUUAUAUGGUGUUCAGCCAGGUCCUGUUCCAAAACCGUGAUAUAGUUAUGGGUCAUGUAAUCCAGCGACGCAAGUCCAGCGUGUCUGGAUCAGAGCAGAGGUUCACCGACCUGCUGCACUGUGUUCAGGAGAUGCCCAAAAACAACUUUGCCAACACCUGCUACACUGCAGGCAUUGUGAAGCUGGAACGCGAAGAUGAGCUAGAACUGGUGAUUCUGGAUCGACCUCAGGCUCAGGUUUCCAUGGAUGGAGACUCAACCUUCUUUGGAAUUGUACACCUCCCCUGAGUACAACUGCGCACCCAUCCCUGCCCAGCUUGUUCCUCCCCGCACCAUGGCUGAUGCCCACAGGCAUCAGUGAGAAAUGCCCCUCUCCUCUGGAUGGCGCUAGUUCCAUUCAUUACAGCUGUGUGGACUAUAGGGCUCUGUGAAUCUCUGGCUCAUAAGAGAGCGAACCUGAGGAGUACACGUUUCAACUGCAGCACCCUUGGAGAACCGGUCACACUGUGGGAACUUGAGAGCCACAGAUGGUAAUUCUGAAUCAUGGAGAAAAGACAUACUGUAAAAAUUGUUUAUCUCUUGUUUUAAUACUGGUCUGUAGAAAUAAACACGGUGCAUCUGUGUACAGUAUUACACUAUUUACUUGCUUAGCUGUCCGUGGUAACAUCACUUUGUCCACAGCUGGAUAUUUUGCUUGUAAAAUAGAUGUUAAAAUUUGAAGGCGAUCCACAAAUGUUACCAACAUGUAGUUUCAUGAAGGAAUGUUAUUUCUGAUUAUUGGUGAAAAUUAUUUUUUCUUUUACAAAUAUCUGUAUGUGAUAUUUUAUGUAUGUUUGGAAGUGAUUUUAAUGGGUUAAAAAUACAUAUUUAAUUCUGCUGUAUAUAUUCAUCUGAUUCUAUAAGAUUUUGUUGUAAGAUUGGUUGCUUUGCCAUUACUCCAAAGCAAGAAAUAUCUGUGAUUAUAUGCUAACCUCAAUCAUGUUUCUGUGGGUCACAUAAUUUCUGGAGUAAUGGAAACUGCACCGCACUAGUGAGAGUUUACAAGGUGAAGGACAGUGGACUUUCGCCAAAUACAAACAGCGCCGUGUGUGUAUGAAUGCGUGCAUAAACAAUUAUUUUUCUUAUCUACUCGUAUCAUUGUAACAUUUGAUGCAAAUUGUGUUUGAGAAAGGUUUAGAAUUUCUUAUUUCUGGAACUUCUGGGGGAUUUCUCAAAAUAUUUUUUGGGGGAAAAGACAUGAUCCCUGAAUACCCGCAGUGUAAGUAAGGAGGAUUAAAAAGAUGCAUGUG